CGGGGUCGGUAACGGGCGGGGUGAAUUUUUUGUGCUAUUGAAUUUGUAUAUCCCGUAGGCUAAAGUCAAAAAGGAAAGUAUUGCGCAAUUUCUUGAAGGCAUUUUGGAACGGUUCAUCGAAAGAAAAAAUGGGGAGCUACAUGUUAAUUUUGAGUUAGUUUGCCUAGAGUCGGAACCUUGAUGUAGAGCAACAUUGCUGCUUUAAAUAUUAUUUAGCGUAACAUUAUUAGGGAACCAGUCAAGAUAUUAUUUUGCGGGAACUUGAAAAAUAUUUUGGUUUGUACGACGAAAUUAUAUGGAAGUGCCACCAGGAGAAAACGAAAAGUCUUCGGACGAUGCUCCAUUUGUUUUUCAAUGUGCUGGGUGUAAAACUAUACUUGGAGACACCACGGCAUGGGUCUGCACAAAUGAAACGCUGAAGACCAUAACAUUACACAGCGUUAGUAAGCAAGUGAAAGUGAAAAAUGAUCUUUUUACCUGCACCUCGCCGUCUACAGUGGAUUUUGGAAGUUCGUACAAUGACUUGAUGUGCUGUGGCUGUGACACAACAAUAGGCAAACUAUACCAUACAACAAACCAAAAACUGGACUCGGUCCGAGGUCACUUCUCACUAUUGCUACACAAACUUAUAAGUUACCAGAUUGGCAGCUGUACACAGACGAUGCGGACGUCUGAUAUUUAUGAGCAUAUGACCCUGCCAUCCUCCUUCAUGCAAGAAAUGAGGGUACACAUGAAAAAGGUGCAAGCUAUAAUAGUGUCGAUCAACUCGAGACUGUCGAGUGUGGAGAAAUGUUUGAAUGAUGAUGAUGAUCAGAGGGACCACACAUGAUUGUCAAUAGAGCGUACACAUAUCUGUACAAACGGAGUCUCAACAGCCUGUGCACAGUAGCUGUACAACCUGAUUCUCAGUAGACAGUGUAAAAUAACUGUCCAGACUAAGUGUUUUUUGUCGAUUGAUGAUUGAAUUAUAUUUGAAAUUUUGCCAAAGUUGACACAUACUGUGUUAUCAGUUUACACACAAUGUGAACCAUGUCGACAGUUUGGCUAAUAUUAGCAGCAGUCAUAAUAGUUGCCAUCCAUGCCCCUGUGACAUGAUGCUGUAGAUACUUUAUUUUAAAGCCACGGACUCCAGUUACCAGGCAGUGUAAAAUCUGUUCUACUAUUUCAGCUGUUUGAUUCUAAUUUACACAUUACAUACAUUUUAUUAAAAUGAUUAACUUUGUCAAAUUCACAGUGUUACUGGCUGUCCUGGAUUUUGUAGUAGCUCAAAAUUUAUUUCUCUGAGACUGGGGUCAGUGGCUUUCACUUUAAAUCAUAACAGAUCAUGGUGCUGGCCUUUUUGCUUUUGCAACACAUAGCAAUACAUAAUAUCAAUUACUGCUGCUUAGUUAAAGGUUGCUUAAAGUUCAAGGAUGAUCACAUAAAACCUUAAAAAUAUAAUUCCAAUACAUAUUAGUUUGUGUUGCAUUUCUAGAUAUUUUUAUUCUGUUUAUGCAGGGUUAACUUGGGUUAGUGUUUGGUUAUGGUUUCUCUAAGUGCCUUCAACUCUUUAACCAUUUAAUGAAUGACUUUCUUAUUUUGUAUGGGUAUUUACAAGCUGAUUUGUACACAUCCAACCCUAUGAAUGUGGCCCUAACAUUACUCAAAUUAAAGGUAAAAUCCUA